AUAUAUAGAUAUUUCCAUUGUGAAUAUAAAACAAACAAUAUAAUACUAGCUUCUUACUUAUAUAAAAUAUGUAUAAAUAUAAAUAAUAAAUUUAUAGUUUUAAUGAGACCAUAUUUUACAUAGAAUUUUCUAAAAAAAUAUUAUCUUAUUAUUUUAUCGAUUUAUGUCAAAUUUUAAACCGAUCCAAGUUGGGACCGGUAAAAUUAUUAAUUUAUAGAGUAUUAAUUUAUCGAGUAUUAUUUAUAGAGGUUUUACUGUAUAUGCUAAAUCAGUGGUACAUUAAAUCAAUUAUAGAAUUUUAUUUAUAAAUAAGCUAAAUUGUAGGAAGUAUUUAUUUUUCCCUUCGAAAAAGGAAUGAGCAUGAUUUUUAAUAGCUGAUUUAGUUUUUAAUAGUAGAGAAUAUUUUUAAAAUUUUGUAUGUUCAAAAAUAAUAGUUUUUGUUAAGAAUAGAAAUAAUGUUUAUCAAAAAUAUACAAAUACUUAACAAUAACUCUCAAAAAAUUAAAAUAAACACACAUAAAUGGAACUGCCGACGAAUGGGAAGAAAUGGACCAUAAGCUAUCUAAGGGAGAUAUGACAUAAAUAUAAAUCAAUUUUUUUUUAAUCUGAAACAAAGCAAGAUUCUGAAUUUGUUCAAGAUUUUCAAUAACACUUUGGAUUUGAUAAUAUAGUCACAGUAGAUCCAGUGGAGAGAAGUGGUGGAUUAGCGCUUUUUUACAGUAAUGAGUAUCAUAUUAAGUUUUUAUACUCUAGUAACAGAAUGAUAGAUGUGGAAGCGGUGGUUCUUGGGAAAACGGUUUAUCUAACUUUUGUGUAUGGUGACCCAGUUCAAAAACUGAGGGAACAAGUGUGGAAACGUUUAACUAGAUAUGGGCUCUCGCGAUCCGAACCCCGGUUCAUCAUUGGUGAUCUAAAUGAGAUCACUGGAAACCAUGAAAAAGAGGGAGGAUCUUUUAGAAAUACAGAUUCAUUUAUUCCUUUUAACAACAUGAUAAGAAAUAGUGGAUUAUUGGAGUUCCCGGCUCGGGGAUACAAAAUUUCAUGGCAAGGGAGAAGAGGAAAAGAGAAAGGGGCAGUGAUGAUUAGAUGUCAACUAGAUCACGCUUUAGCAAACGAAGAGUGCACACUUUAUUUCCCUGUUUUAUACAAUAUAUUUAGGGAUGGUGGCAUCUGAUCAUCGACCGGUGGUGGCAUAUCUAGAAAAUAAAGUUCCCAGGAGGGAAGAAAAAUUUCGAUUUGAUAAGAGAUGGAUUAGACAAUAAGGUUUUAUGGAAUCAAUUACAAUGGGCUGAUCAGAUUAUAGCGAAGGAGGAGCAGAGGGUAUAGUGGCAAAAAUUAGUAAUUGUCAUCAUGAAAUUGCUAACUCGAGGAAAAAUAAUCCACUUUUUGAAAAGGAAAAAAUAAAUGAGUUACAAAAAGCCCUCGAAGAGGUACAAAUAGAUAACACCAGGUCUCAAGAGGAAAUUGUGGAGGUAUCUAUGAAGUUACAAAAUGCAUACAAAGGAUGAAGAGGAUUACUGGCAUCAGAAAAGCAGGAAUAUGUGGUAUUCAUCUGGAGAUCUUAAUACAAAAUUCUAUCACGCGUUAACUAAGAAAAGACAGGUCUGUAAUAGGAUUGUCGGGCUACAUGAUGCUGCGGGAAAUUGGAUUACAGAGAAUAACAGUGUGGAAAAGGUGGCAGUAGACUCUUUUGAAGAUCUAUUUAGUACCACUUCACCAUCGGAGUUUUAUAGUUUCCUGACAGAGGUAACACAGGGUAUCAGUCCUCAGAUGAAUCAACGUUUGUUGAGGAUAGCGACCGAGGAUGAGGUUAAAGAGGCUUUGUUUAUGAUGCAUCCAGAGAAAGUAUCAGGACCGGAUGUCAUGACUGCUCUUUCUUUCAGUAUUUCUGGCAUAUUAUUAAGAAUGAUUUGGUAGAAAUGGUGAAUAUUUUUUUUGGUUUCAGGAGAAAUGGAUUCAAGGUUAAAUAUAACUAACAUCUGUAUGAUCCCAAAGACGGAGAGGCCUAUAAGGAUGACGGAACUAAGGCCAAUUAGUCUUUGUAAUGUAGGGUAUAAAAUUAUCUUGAAGAUUUUGUGUCAGAGAUUGAAAAUAUGCCUUACCUCCCUCAUUUCAGAAACUCAAUCGGCAUUUGUGGCAGGAAGGUUAAUUUCUGAUAAUAUUCUUAUAGCUGAGGAAAUAUUUCAUGGAUUGUGGACCAAUAAAGCAUGUCAAGGAAAAUCAUGGCAAUUAAAAUGGACAUGAGUAAAGCGUAUGAAAGGGUGAAAUGGGAUUUUAUCAAGGCCUUAAUACAGAAGAUGGGUUUUGAUCUUUGUUGGAUUAAACUAAUGAUGGAGUGUAUAUCAUUGGUUUAAUAUCAGGUUCUACUAGCCAUGUGGCCUAAUUGUUCCACAUAGAGGUCUACGUCAAGGGAAUCAUUUAUCUCCUUAUUUGUUUAUUCUGUGCACUGAGGCUUUAAUUGCAAAUAUAAAUAAGGCGGAGAGAGGGCGACAACUAAGGGGAAUAUAGGUAGCCAGAGCAUGUCCAUCGAUAUCUCAUUUGCUCUUUGCAGACGAUAACCUCUUCUUUUGUAAAGCUCAAAAAGAAGAGUGUCAAACCAUUCUCAGAAUUUUUAAAGGAAUAUGAGGUAGUAUCAGGUCAACUCAUCAAUUUUGAUAAGUCUUCGAUUCAAUUUGGACACAAGAUCGAAGAAUCUGUCAGACAAGAGUUAAGGGAUAUUUUAGGCAUCCAGAAUUUUAAGAGGAAUGGGAACUUACCUACGUUUUCAUAGGUUUUUUGAGAAGAUUCUCAUGACACAUUCAUUUCUGGAACGAAUUGGUCAACCAGAGGUGGAUCUAGCUAACCAUCGGGAGGAAAGUGUUCCUUUUAAUGUGCACGAUGCUACAUCUAUUCUCGAGUUUUCUUCGUCGCAAAUGUUUUCGAUACUUUUCCGUGACUCACUUGGUACAACGGAAACUGAAAGAAAUGCUUUUGUGAUUGAAGAUUUCUCGUAGAAAUUUUUAAACAAAACUGGCUUUCUAAAGCCGGAAAGGGUUUCAAUACUUUGGCUAAUCGUCGAAUUUCAGUUUGAUAUUAGGACAGAUUUUCUGUACGCAUGAUUGCGACAAGAAAUGAUGUAUAGUCUUUGAGAUUAUGUUCAUGAUCGUCUGGAUAUGUUGCUAGCGUUUAAACGAAUUUUAGAUCGUCGUUUGCCCAUUUGGGAUGAUUUGCUUUGACGAAAUCGUUUUCUUGACGAUUUGCAAAAGUUUUCGAAGUUUGGGAGUAUACGAGUAUAGUAUACGUACCUACUCCCUUUUUUUUACGAAAGAAAACGGUUGAACCGAUACUUUGAAGGGCUGUGUACGUUUCUUCUUCUGAGGUUUGGAAUGAUCAAUAAUCCGAGACGAUUUGAAGACGACGCUUGGACUGUGAUUUGGUUAUUUCCACGUUCACGACUUGGAAUAUGUCGGUUCCGAGAAAAUUGUUAGAAACGAAUCGGUUUUAAGACGAUGUUCAUGUCUCUAAUUUUUUCUCUCUUUAGGAAGCGAGAUUGAUAUGCGUGGCGAUCGUUUCUCAAUUUUCAGAGAGUUUAGAUCGGUUUGCAAGAUCUGGUUGAACAGUUAUGGAACUAUAUAUCGAGACCGGAAAAAUCGCCUAAGACUUAGUUCGCUAGACUAUCCACCUAGGUUUUACGUUCCCUAAAGUUUUAUGGCAGUCUCAAAGGUGUUUUUAUUUCUUAGUAAUUCCUACAAAAAUUCUUAGUCUGAUUUCAAAAAUUUCAAGUCGGAAAUACCUUAGUUCUCUCGAAGAUGCAGUUUUGUCUCUUCUCAGUUUUGCUUGCUUAUUUCCCCUUUCUCUUCUCGUGUAUGUUCACUAUUUUCGAUAUUGGUAUUUAUCCUUUGAAACUUGACAUUUAUCUUCCGAACUUGACUGUUAUCUUCUCCUUAGAUACGACAUCAAUUUUUAUAAAAAAGUUCAACGUAAUCGUAUAGUUGAGGCGGCUAAGGUGUUAAGUUAACCGUUGCCGUUUUAUACGAUUAAUUUGAAUCCAUGCGAGAAAACAAGUCUUUGCGGGUUUUUUAUCGUAAACUUCAAUGGUAACUCCAAUCGAGACGACACAAGAGAUGUUUCGAUCGAGAUUCGAAGGAGAACGCAAAGAUGGAGGUAAGGGCGAGCAAGCCAAGGAGUUUAGACGAGUCUAAUUUGUUUUCGUCGUAAAAUCUCAACGGAAACUCCGACUGAGACGAAACGAAAAGCGUUUUAAUGAGGACUCAAAUGAGAACGUAAAGGAGGACUUUUCUGAGGCCUGACAGGUCGCUAUGUAGCGAGUGGAGGUCUGACAGGUCGCUACGUAGCGAGUAGAAGCAAACCAAGAAGAGUCCUACUUGUUUUCGUCGUAAAAUCUCAACGGAAACUCCGAUUGAGACGAGACAAAAAGCGUUUCGAUGAGAGUUCAAAAAAGAACGCAGAGUAGGAACUUUCUGAGGCCUUACAGGUCGCUAUGUAGCGAGCGGAGGUCUGACAGGUCGCUACAUAGCGAGUAGAAGCAAGCCCAGAAGAGUCCUACUUGUUUUCGUCGUAAAAUCUCAACGAAAACUUCGAUUGAGACGAAACGAAAAGCGUUUCGAUGAGGAUUCAAAAUAGAACGCAAAGUAGGAAAUUUCUGAGGCCUGAAAGGUUGCUAUGUAGCGAGUGGAGAGUUGGCUUGAGCUUGGUCGCUACGUAGCGACCGAGCUGUGUGCAUGCUCGGUCGCUAUGUAACGACCGAGCCGUGUACUUGCUUGGUCGCUGCAUAGAGACCGAGCUUGGCUGGAGCUCGGUCGCUACGUAGCGACCGAGCUGUGUGCGUGCUCGGUCGCUACGUAGCAACCGAGCCGUGUGCGUGCUUGGCUCGAGCUCGGUCGCUACGUAGCGACCGAGCAGUGUGCAUGCUUGGUUGCUGCGUAGCGACCGUGCUUGGCUUGUCCGUGUUCCAAUCGUCAUACUCGAACUUAUCCGUGGCUGUUUUAGAUACGUAUCCGUUACCUUGGGAAAGCCGGUGUCUGAUCCAACCGAGACUCGAACAAGGUUUUAACGCGAGAUCCUUUGUUGUGACAUUCUUUACGAAGCAUAAUUGUCGCAGAAUGAUACUCACACUCAUUUUUGCGGAGGUUUGGACAUUAACUUUGUCGUAACCGUUUUCGACCCCAACAGCGACCGAGCGGUACUCGUGCUCGGCCUCUACGUAGCGACCGAGUGGUACGCAUGCUCGGUUGCUACGUGUGCAUGCUUGGUCGUUGCGUAGUGAUCGUGCUUGGCUUGUCUGUGGUCCGAUCGCCAUACUCGAGCUCGUUUGUGGCUGAUUUGGAUACAUGUCUGUUGCCUUCGGACAAUCAGUAAAUCAGUAUUAAGUGGUUCGAUUGAGAUUUGAACACAAUUUUACCGCAAGGCUCUUCGUAAAGAUUUCUUUACGAAGAUUACAUUUCGUAAAAACGUUCAUGCCGAUUUUUACGGACUUUCGGAUAUUGAUUCCGUCGUGACCGAUUUUGACCCCAACACCUGACAAUUCAGGUCAACCAUGGCUUUCCUCACAAAGAAUAGUUUGGAUGCAAGCCUAAGAUUCUCAAUUCCUUCGUUCUUCACCUUUUAUCCAUUUGAUUAUAACAUUCCCAAGAACAAGUGUAACAUCAUUAAUUAGAUUCUUGUCACUAAUCAUGUGAUGACUACCCUCUGAAUCUACUGUAAUUGACUUAUAGAUAAGAGAAUGAGAACCUUACUUCUUAGAGGAGAUGAUGAUGGCUUUUGCAGCUUUGAUUAGUAGCUCAAUCUCACUCAAGCUGAUGGGACCAUCAUUUGUCAUUGCCUUGUUCCACAUUUCUCCGCAAUUGGAUUCACUCAUGAGAGAAGAGUAGGGCUCACGGUUCUCUCUAUUACGACCAAGCAAAUCACUAUCAUGUAACUUGUUUCCAAUAAAUUCGGCGUCGAGCCUCUUAGGCUUCAUCUUCCUAGGGGAUGACUUUAGCUAAGUUCAACUGAAGCCUUUCAGAACAGCUUUUGUGACUGAAACAAAGUUAUAUGAAAACAAUUUUCAUAAGGCUAAAGGAAGGAUUAUACGAAACACUAAUUGUAUGAUAAAACCUAAAUUGCACCUCUUUUUAUACUAUAUAUGUAGCCCCAAUACCAAAACACAUGCAUAAUUGGCCUAAGUCCUAGAAUAAACUCUUUGGCCCUUUGCGAAUUACACCUUCUUAAAUUUCAAGAACCCCGAUCCCGAUUGCCAGGGAAGGCCUGAAAUUAGAGCUUAAUACUAGACUUUGUUAUUAUAAGAGAUGAAUCCUUUGGAUCACUCCAACUACUCCGUGUAUCUAAGGUGCAUGUGACGUGUCUUGCACCAAAGAUCUUGGUAUGUUGUGUAACUGUUUGACCGCGGAUCUUAGUUAUUAUUUAUUAGACCUGGAGCUCGCUACCUCUAGCUGUGAAGUAUCCUUUUUAGGUAAGAAUAGCUAGGCUUUGUAGAUGAUCAAGUGGAAACUGUAAAUUUAGCCCAUUGCGAUUGGGCCUAUAUCAGAUUGGAUUUAUAUAUUAAAUCCUUCUAUAAUUAACUAAGCUUCUUCACACCCAAAAAUCCUUUUUCUCUUACUUAUCUAACUUUUAAAAAAGAAAAAAUAUCUCAAAUAAAUCAUGUCAAAGACGAAGUUACAAUAAUCUUUCUUCCAAGAUUCUUUCUUCAUGAGAAACUAAAUUUACUUAAAAAUUAUUUUCCUCUUCUCUCCUUUUUCACAAAUAAAGUAAUCUUAAUCGCAAGAAUCUCUUUCCCAUUGGUCAUCACAAAUGGUCCCUUUUACAAGUAGUUACAUGUGUUUACAUAUUUAAGUAGAAUAUAUUGGAUAAAUAAAAAUCGAAGAUGAAAAAAAAUUAAGAUUAUGUCCUCAAAAUAUUUAGCAUUUAUAUAUAAAAAUCUACUAUAUCUUUGAAAAAGGACCCACAUUUCAUUGUAUUGAUUCAAGCCACAUAAAAUUUUGUAUAUUGGAUUCGAAUCUUGUUAAUGACACGUGUAUACGAAAUCAAACAACAUACAUUGUAUGAGGUCCAACCGAGAGGAGAAAAUUAGAAGCAAAGAAAGAAAGUAUAUCCUUAAAAAAUUAAAACUUAGAGAUGAAAAUCUACUAUUCGUAUGAAUGUUUACCACAUGUCAUUAUGAAUUGAAAGAGAAUCGAAAGCGCGUGUACAACUUUAUUAUAUAGUCAACACGUAUAUAUAUACACAGUUGUAUAUAUUGAUUUUAUGAUAAUUGUUAAUUAAAAGUAAGGAAAAUAUAUGACCAAAUUUGGAAAAAAAUAAUGUUAGAACUUCCAAUGACUAAUUUCACUAUAUAAAGCCAAUGCUUAACCAUACUUCUUCAUCCCCUCCUGCUUCUAUCUAACAUAAAAGAGAAAGAAUGUCUCAAUCAAAUCGUUUCAACGAUGAAGUUACAGUACCAUUUCUCCCAAAUAUCUCUCUUCACGAGAAACUACAUUUACUUAAAAAUUUCUUUGCGCUUCUCUCCCUCUUUGCAAUAGAUGCAAUCUCCAUUUUAAGAAUCGCUUACCCAUUGAUCAUCACAAAUGUUCUCCUUUACUUUCGCUCCUUCAUAUCUAUGUUUUUCCUGGCCGGUCUUGGUGGCCCCACUCUUGCAGGCGGCUCCCUCGCACUUGCAUUUGCCAACAUCACCGCUUACUCGUUCUUCUCUGGUUUAACCAUGGGUGUAGACUCAAUUUGCUCACAAGCAAUUGGUGCAACAAACUAUAAACUCUUCCGGGCAACAAUCCGUCGAGGAAUCAUCCUACUCCUCGUCACAACUCUCCCUGUUUUUCUUCUAUGGAUAAACAUCAAGAGGAUUCUGAAAUUGUUAAAACAGGACGAGGAGCUCGCAUCCAUAGCUCACACCUUUCUGCUUUACUCUGUUCCAGAUCUCCUUGCUCAAUCUUUCUUACACCCAUUAAGAGCUUAUUUCAGGACACAGUCAAAGACUCUACCUUUAUCAGUAUGCACAGGGAUUGCGAGUGUUCUCCACUUUCCGGUUACAUUCCUCCUAGUGUCAUACCUCGGUUUUGAGAUCAAAGGUAUUGCUUUGAGUGGUGCUCUGUCAAAUUUCAACCUUGUCGUAUUUCUCUUCAUCUACAUAGCUUUCUUCGAAGAAAAGCUAAGUAAAGAUGAGAAGGUCUCAGAGGAGUCGUAUGAACAGAGUGUGAGAGAAUGGAAGAAGCUGCUUGGUCUCGCGGUACCCAGUUGUGUUGCAGUUUGUCUCGAGUGGUGGUGCUACGAGAUCAUGAUUGUGCUUUGUGGGUUACUUAUAAACCCUAAAGUAUCCGUUUCUUCAAUGGGUAUUCUCAUCCAAAUCACUUCCCUUGUUUAUAUUUUCCCUCAUUCAUUGGGCUCUGCAGUCUCGACUCGUGUAGGAAACGAGCUGGGUUCGAACCAGCCACAGAGAGCGAGAAGAGCCACCUUUGUCGGACUUGGUCUCAGCAUCGCCCUCGGGCUCAUGGCUCUCAUAUUCACUUUCUCAGUCAGAAAGGUAUGGGCUACGUUUUUCACGGAUGAUGAAGAAGUCAUUAAUUUGACUAUGAUGGUUCUACCAGUCGUUGGCCUUUGCGAGCUGGGAAACUGCCCUCAGACUACUGGAUGCGGCGUUCUCAGAGGGUCGGCGAGGCCAAUGACGGGAGCUAAUAUCAAUAUAGCGGCAUUUUAUGUGAUUGGUUUGCCUGUAGGAAUGGUUUUAACUUUUUGGUUUGGGUUUGGAUUCAUGGGACUUUGGCUUGGGAUGCUCGUGGCGCAGAUAUCAUGUAUGAUUGGUAUGAUGGUGUCGAUGUGUAGGAUUAAUUGGCCAUUGGAGGCGGAAAGGGCUAGGGAGCUAACAGCGACGGAAAGGGCUAGGGAGCCAAAAACGACGGAUGGCGUCAUAAGCUUCAGCAAUGUGGAAGAUAUGGAGGUUGGAAGGUUGGUGAUUAGAGAGGAGUGAGUCUUUAAGAGUGAUAGAUAAUUGCUCUUUUAAUAUGACCGUCUUCUUUAAAAUAAUAAUAAUAAUAAUAAUAAUAAUAAUAAUAAUAAUAAUAAUAAUAAUAAUAUGACUUUCAUAUUUAAUUGCAAGUUUGGCAGAAUAUUGCACAAACACUGACAGAAUAAUUAGUGAGACACCGUCUCCCAUGCAUUGUGAUCUUGAUAAAUCAUGUGUAAUCUUUAUGCUCCCACAGCUCACAGCACCGGCUGAACCGUAGCCAUCUUCUGAUGUUCUGACUCAACUCGCAAGUAACCGAAACAAUCACAAGACGUCAUGUCAAAUGCAUGACUCACCUCCACUUUUUCAUGUAUCUUGCAGCUAACAUAAGUAUAAUCACCACCAAGUACUCUCGUAUCAUAGUUACUACUCGUGCAAAGAAACAAGCUUUUACUUUGAAUAGGAUCGGGUGGCUUGCUCUUCCUCAGUCCAUAAUGACAAGAAAAAUAAAAUUUCACUUGUUUCUCACAAUUGAGAGCUCUCACCGUUCCAUAAUAAAGUAAAAUUCCAUAAUAAAGUAAAACUACUAACUCUUCCUCUAUCCAUAAUGACAAGAAAAAUAAAAUUUCACUUGUUUCUCAUAAUUGAGAGCUCUCACCAUGCCAUAAUAAAGUAAAACUACUGACUCUUCCUCUGUCCAUAAUGACAAGAAAAAUAAAAUUUCACUUGUUUCUCAUAAUUGAGAUCUCUCACCGUGCCAUAGUAAGGUAAAAAACUACUGACUCUUCCUCUUUCCACAAAACAUAAUUUUAUUUUUUUUUACAGCAAAAGGUUAAGGAACUAAAAAAAUCUCUGGUCCGAGAACCAUUUCGGGAGAACUGAAUCAACAUAAACCAUAGCAGCUGGCGAAGUCCUAACACCUCGUGCCAGCUUGUCCGCCAGAGUGUUUUGCGCCCUUGGGAUAUGUUGGAUAGUAAAGUUGAGAAAGAAUUCCUUACAUCGCAGAAACUCCUCCAUAUGUGUAGUGAACGCCGACCAUUCUGUUGGUGUGGACACUAUUUUCACCAAUUGAGAGCAGUCAGUUGCAAACACCACUUCUGAAACUUGUAGGGUCUUCAUACACUCCAUCGCCCAUAUCAAAGCUUCACAUUCAGCAUGUAAAGGUGAUAGACUUCUGCGAAUAGACAUUGCACCCAUCAUAGUAUCAGUGGAUUCAUUUUUCCUAUAGACCCAUCCUUGUCUCGUGUAAAGAUCAUUUUCUUUCCAUGCUCCAUCAAUAUAACACUUAUCGAUGCCAUUUGGCAGAGCUUCUCCUAUAACAUCUAGGGGUCCACGAUUCAUAGCCGCAUCUUUCUGAGCUUCAGCCCAUAAAACACCUUCUAUCUCCGCAGUCCUGAGAAUGUCAAAAGGGGUUCUUGUCUGAUUCCUAAAAACUUUAGCGUUUCGAUUCUUCCAAAUAUACCACAGUAUCCAUGGAAAAUAAUUCAAGUCCGGUUCCUUGGGUAACCGCCAGAAAAGAUAGUCCAUAUUUAUGAAAAGAAACGGGGUGGGGAAAACCCCCGGACAUGAGGGAAUAUUAAAUAAAGCCCAAGUUUGUAAUGCCAACGGACAUUCAAACAACACAUGAUUAAUGGAUUCUUCUUCAUCUCCACAUACUUGACACUGCGUAUCACAUUUUAUCCCUCGGUAACGAAGAUUCUUAGUUACCGGAAGACUUCCCUAUAAUAUUUGCCAAACAAAAUGUUUUAGCUUUGGAGAACAUUGAAGCUUCCAAGAAUGAGCCAAGAGUGGUUUAGUAUUUGGUCCCGAAAAACUAUCAUGAGCUCCACUAUCCGGAAAUAAUGUUUCCGUUUGAUAACCUGAUUUAACCGUAUAUCGACCAUGGUCCGUAAAAUGCCAGCCAUAUGAAUCCGGUUUUGGAUUACGACUAAUAGCUAUACUCCGUAUAAUAUCCACAUCAUCCCGAUGUAUAUAAGCUUUGAGCAAAUUCAGAUUCCAAGAAAGAUCUUCUUGAUUAAUCAAAUCUUCCACUUUAAGUAAUGGAUUUAAAUAUUGAUUCGAAAAUUUUUGUAUUGCUGACCUCGGGCGAGGAGUAGGGAUCCAAGGAUCAUUCCAGACCGAAAUGCUUGAACCAGUUCCCACUCUUUUGAUUAGCCCUUUAUUAACCAGAGAUCUAGCUGAUGUAAUACUUCUCUACCCGUAUGAGGGAGAAUAUGAUCUGAUUGGGUCCAAAGGAUCAGAUUUCCUAUAGUAUCUUCCUUUAAAAACUCUUGCGAAAAGAGAAUCAGGUUUAUCUAUUAACCUCCAUAGCUGUUUCGCUAAUAACGUCGUAUUAAAAUUUUGAAUAUCUCUAAAACUAAUACCACCAUUCACUUUAUCUUUGCACAUUUUAUCCCAUGAAAACCAAUGCAUUCCCUUUGUAUUACCACUACCACUCCACCAAAAAUGGGAAACUGUACUCGUAAGUUUUUUUGUAACCGUUUUUGGUAAACGAAAACAUGACAUAACGUGAGUUGGCAUAGGUGAUGCCACUGCUUUGAUUAAAACUUCCUUUCCUCCUUUCGUAAUGAAUCGUAUUGUCUAAUUAUUAACUUUAUUAUUAACCCUUUCAUUAAAAAAAACAAAAAUUUGUGAUUUAGAUCCCCCAAGACUCUCAGGUAUUCCCAAAUAUGUUCCCCUCCCACCAAUUGUAGUGAUCCCCAAAAUAUGUUGUACCUCUAGACGAACUGCGUCUGGAACCUUGUGGCCAAACUGUAAGGACGAUUUUAGGAAAUUAAUAUGUUGCCCCGACGCUCUUUCAUAGUCUUUCAAGAUCUGUAGGAUAGUUUCAUAUUCUUGCUUAUUGGCUUUACAGAAAAAAAAAAGACUGUCAUCCGCAAAUAAUAGAUGUGAAAUCGCCGGACUACCACUUGCAACUUUUAGCCCCGUUAGUAACUUUUCUUCCUCCUUUUUCCUUAUAUUCGCUAUUAGUGCCUCAGUACACAAAAUAAAUAAGUAAGGUGAUAACGGAUCACCCUGACGAAGACCUCGAUUUGGUACAAUAUGCCCUUUUGGUUGACCAUUAAUCAUAACUUUAUAUUGUACCGAUGUAAUACAAGACAUUUUCCGAGAUACCCACCUUUGUGCAAAUCCCAGCUUUAGCAGCAUCGCCUCUAUAAAAGGUCAUUCCACUCUAUCAUAUGUCUUGCUCAUAUCUGUUUUUAUAGCCAUAAAUUUCUCCUACAUGAAUUAUUCGUCCUUAAUCCAUGAAACAUCUCUUGCGCAAUCAAAAUAUUAUCUGAAAUUAAUCUCUCAGAGACAAAAGCUGAUUGUGUUUCUAAGACUAAUCGUGGCAAUAGUCUUUUCAAACGUUGGCAAAGCACCUUCGAAAUAAUCUUAUAUCCCACAUUACAAAGACUGAUGGGGCGCAAUUCCAUCAUUCUACUCCGUCGCACCGUCUUUGGAAUGGGACAAAUAUUGGUCAUAUUUAUCCUCUCAUCCAAAUAUCCAGUCCUAAAAAACUCGUUAACCAUACAUGUGAUGUCUGAUUUAAUAAUCGACCAGGACUGUUGGAAGAAUAAAGCCGUCAUUCCAUCUGGUCCUGGAGCCUUUUUUGGAUGCAUCAUAAAUAAAGCAGAUCGUACUUCCUCCUCUGAUGCCCAAGAAGUUAGAGAUCUAUUUUGAUCUUCCGUAAUCAGGGUAGGUACCUCCUUUAAAAAUUCCUCAUAGCCCGAAGGUGAUGACGUCGCAAACAAAUCAUUAAAAUAAUCUAUCGCCACACCUUCUACUUCAGAUUCUGAUGUAACCCAAUUACCGUCCCUAUUAUGCAAGCCCACAAUCUUAUUUUGUAUCCUACUCUGCUUAGUCAAAGCAUGGUAAAAUUUUGUAUUUCGAUCGCCCUUUUGCGUGCCAAGUCGUUCUACAUUUUUGUUCCCAAUAUAAUUCUUCAUCCCUAUACGCUUUUUGCAAUUUCCUGGAUACAUCUAACACUUCCUCAUAUGUCUUAGUAUUAUCACACUGAACUUCCUCCAAACCUUCUGAAGGGAAUUAAUCUUUUCCUUCCCAUAUGGAGGAUUAUUCUUCCUCCAUGCCAAAAUUUCAUGUCUACAAUUGAUAAUUUUGUCAACAAUACCCGAGUUCUGUCUUCGUCUUUUUGAAGACCAACGUUUCGAAAUGGAGUCCAUAAGGCCAUCCAUUCCAAUCCAUAUCUUAUCAAACCUAAACUGCCUUCUUGUCCUUACAAGCUUUUCAUCUAGAUUCGUCACUAUAGGCCUAUGAUCCCACCAUUCCCAAAUACUCUACAAAGGAGGACGGAAAUAAAUUGUGCCAUUCCACAUUCCCUAAAGCCCGAUCCAGUCUACAUCGUACCGUUUGUUUGUUCCUCGUCCCGCUCCAUGACAUAGUAUUCUCCAAAGACGGGAAUUCCAAAAGCCCACAGUUAUCAAUCAUAUUAUUAAAAUCUACAAAGGUGGACGCGUGUCUCAACACUCCCCCUUCCUUCUCAUGAUUACAUGUUAUUUCGUUAAGAUCUCCUAUAAUAAACCACGGCUCCAAUCUAUUUAUCCCAAUUCGAAUAAGACGUUCCCAAACUUGGUCCCGAAGAUCCUGAACAUGCUCCCCAUAAACAAAAGAAAUAAAAAUAGUUUUUCCUUUAUAACUUGUUUCAACGUCUAUAAUCCUAUUACUUGAAUAGAUAAUAGUUACCGGUGAAUCAUGGUUAUGAUAAAGGGCUAGUCCUCCACUCCUCCCAAUUGGGUCCACCGUAUGUAGAUGUUUAUAACCAAAAUGAAAUUGAAAAUUCUGGACAAAACUAAACUGUUGUUUUGUUUCCGACAAGAAAAGAAAGGUAGGUUUAUGUUUAUACCAUAUCUCUCUCAGAUAACUGAUCGUAUAUUUACUCCCCAUUCCUCUACAAUUCCAACUCAAUAUUUUCAUAAUUAAUUUCGUUGCAUUAUUUAAAAAAACUAAAAUAAACCACCUUCCGAUAAUUGUAACCUUUACAAAAAUCACCUUCCACCCACAAGUACACCAAGCAUAGGGAAUUAAUCUUGUAUUUUGAUUAAAAUUCUGAAUCUCUGCAUAUUGUGAUAAACCCUUUCCAAAAACCAUUGUAUAUGAGCCGGAUUCAGCUCGGUUAAACCAUCUCCUUCGCUGACCAAUUGCAUUAGCCCAUCUCCUUAACCAAUAACAUAUCAUUAAACAUGAGCGAAGCAAUGAUUCCGCAUAACCAAGUGAUACACAAACACAAAUUACAAUAUAUAAAAUAUUAUUAUAGACAAAGUAUUCUAGUUCCUGAUAUAUACCUCUAUAUAAAUCCAUUACACAGACCAACUUAACGUCCAUAAAUUUAACUUGAGGAAGUACAAAGCCGAUAGAGUUAAUAUUGUCAAGCCUAAAAUCCCAACAAACACCAGUAACAACCGGGACGCUCGUCCUAUCUUCCUGACCUCUUAUAAACUUGUAUCUUAGUGGGAAAACCCAUCGCCUUAUCACAUUGUUUGUGAAAGCAUCACUGCCCCUAUUGCUCCGUUCCGUAACCACCCACCUCGUAUGUAAUCGUCUGUAUAGUUCACUCCACAUACCCAAACACAACACACCCGAAGCAUAAACGCCAAGCCCCUGUCCAAUAAAGAAACACCAAUGGAACCCCACAUAUUGACAAACCAAACUACCUGUUCCAAACAAAAUAGGAUUGCUAAUCAUCCUUUCUACAAGCAAACCAUUACACCCACAGCUUGUGACGCUAGCAAUCAGCACACAGAACUUCUCCAAAUCAGUUUGUAAGAACGGUAUCUCCUCAACAGACUCCAUAAUAACCUCGAUGGCAAAAUGCCGAUUCCAAAAAAACACUCUCCUCAUCACUUGUCCCCAUUUCUAUGCUCCUAAUAAACAAAGACCAAGAUCCCAUGUAUCUCUUAACCAGAGAAAAGAAGACACUCCAAUAACUGACCAAAUACCAUAGUCCCCGAGAAGGCAUAGUCCUACACAAAUCUAACCACCACCCGUACUCAUAAGAUCUCAAAACAAAAGAAAAACACUUAAAUUUAUUAUUCCAACUCCCUGAAAACCUCAGAGGAAACUCAUAGCAAAGAUUGAAAGCAAAA